GGGCUCCGCGAGCGGGAUGCCUGCAGCUGGACGCCGCUUCAUGCUGCCAGCGCCGAGGGCCAGAAGCCGGUCGUGGAGUGGCUCCUAGAGCAAGGAGCCGACCUGCGUGCUGUGGACGAAGAUGGCCGGACAGCGCGCGAAUGGGCAGAGCUACGGCAGCAGGGUGCAACCGAAUCCGUGUUGCGCAGAGCUGAAACGGCUUUGACAACAACAUAG